AUGGUGCCGAAGUUAUACCAGCAUGUCCUGGCGUUGGCAUUUGCUGUAAAUGAGAUCAAUGAAAAUCCAAUAAUCCUGCCCAAUGUCACACUUGGCUUCCACAUCUAUGACAGCUACUAUGAUGCGAAGAUGACCUAUCGAAAUACCUUGGGUUUGAUCUUAAAUGAGCAUCAGUUUCUCCCCAACUUCAAAUGUGGCAUGGAGAAAAAGCUCCUAGCUGUGAUUGGGGCUCUCGGCUCUGAUAUCUCAUUCUACAUGGCAGACAUCUUAAAUCUCUACAAGAUUCCACAGGUGCAGCCAAUUUCUCUGUGUAACACUCAGUGCCUCCCUGGAUAUCUGAAGGAAAAAAAGGAAGGGGAGAAAUUUUGUUGCUACAACUGUGUUCCAUGUCCAGAAGGGAAGAUUUCAGACCUGAAAGGUACAGAAAUGGAUGACUGUUUCAAAUGCCCAGAAGAUCAAUAUCCAAGCAAGGACCAAGUUCACUGUAUUCCAAAAACUCUAAGCUUCCUAUCAUACAAUGAACCCUUAGGGAUCAGUUUAGACUUACUUGCUAUUUCUUUUUCCUUUGUAACAGUGUUAGUGCUAAGAACGUUUAUUAAGCAUAAAGAUACCCCCAUAGUCAAAGCCAACAACCGAGAUCUCACCUAUAUUCUCCUUAUGUCUCUCCUUCUUUGCUUCCUCUCUUCUUUCUUAUUCCUCAUCCAGCCUGGGAAAGUGACCUGCCUUUUCCGACAACCAACUUUCGGCAUCAUCUUCUCAAUGGCUGUUUCUUGUGUGUUGGCAAAAACCAUCACUGUGGUUAUAGCUUUCAUGGCCACCAAGCCAGGGUCUAGCAUGAGGAAGUGGGUGGGGAAAAGACUGGCCAACUCCAUUGUCCUUUUCUGCACUCUUAUUCAAGCAAGCAUUUGUACGAUGUGGUUGGCUAUAUCCUCCCCUUUCCCUGAUUUGGAUAUGCACUCAGUAGCUGAAGAAAUAAUUGUGGUAUGUAAUGAAGGGUCUGUCGUCAUGUUUUAUCUUGUCCUGAGCUACAUGGGACUUCUGGCCAUCAUCAGCUUCUUUGUGGCUUUCCUUGCCAGGAAAUUGCCAGAUGCAUUUAAUGAAGCCAGGUUUAUCACCUUCAGUAUGCUGGUAUUUUGUAGUGUUUGGUUGUCUUUUGUUCCAACCUACUUGAGCACCAAGGGGAAAUACAUGGUAGCUGUGGAGAUCUUCUCUAUCUUAUCCUCCAGUGCUGGGUUGCUGAGUUGUAUCUUUUCCCCAAAAUGUUACAUCAUUGUGCUAAAACCUGAGAUGAACAAGAGGGAGCAGUUAAUAUACAGAAAGAAUUAA